AUGUCCGCAGAUACGCCACGUAUCGUACCUCUGACUUGCCAUGGUCACUCCCGGCCAAUCACACAUUUGAGCUUUUCCUCCAUCGUGGAUGAUGAUCAAUACUAUCUGAUCUCGGCGUGUAAAGAUAACAACCCUAUGCUGAGAGAUGGCAUGACGGGAGAUUGGAUCGGCACAUUCAUUGGGCACAAAGGCGCCGUUUGGUCGUCAAGACUGUCUUCCGAUGCUAGGAUCGCCGCAACCGGAUCCGCAGAUUUCAGCGCAAGAAUCUGGGAUCCCCAGACCGGAGAGUGUUUGUACGUCUUGACUCACAACCACAUCGUCCGAGCUGUCGCAUUUCCAAUCCAAACCAACCCGCAAUGUGUGGCUACUGGCGCGCAAGACAAGACUCUCAAGAUCUUCGAUCUCAGUCGAGGCGGCAGCGCUGCUUCACCCGACCAGGUCAAUGGUGCCUCCCCGAUAACACCAACGACCACUUCCGAGGGCCAUGAGAUUGGAGCAGGCCAACAUGGAGGCAGCAUCAAAUCGAUUGUGUGGAACGUCGACUACAAUAUUCUCACCACUGCUUGCGAAGACAAGACUCUUCGUUGGUGGGACUUGAGGGUCCAACGGAUGAUUACUAGUGUCAAGACAGAGCGAGAUAUUACUUCGUGCGAGCUCUCCACCAACAAAGCAGAAGACAGCAAUCCAGGAAUUCUUAGUGUGGCGGCUGGACAGUCCUGCCUUUUUUUCGACGCCGGCAGACCCGGCGAGCUGAUCAAGCAAGUUAAUUUCGACCAUGAAGUUGCCAGUGUGGCUAUCAACCCUGCAACCGGGCGCUUUGUGACUGGUGGCGGGAAGGACACAUGGGUCCGUGUCUGGGAUUUUGCGCAGGAAAAAGAACUUGAGGUUCUCAAAGGCCAUCACGGGCCAAUCUGGUCAACUGCGUUCUCUCCUGACGGGAAGAUCUAUGCGACCGGAAGCGAAGACGGGACAAUCAAGUUGUGGAAGGCUUGCAAGGAGCCAUAUGGUCUCUGGCGCUGA